CAUCACUCCCGCCACAAACUCAGUAGGCUCCAUCGGUAUCUUUUUGUCACUGCGUUCCAUUCCCUGUCACUUCUCUCCAACUCUCGAGAGAGGCAGAGAGUUGAUGGAGCUGAAUGCCCAAAGUUUCUCCUCCGUCACUUUCCUGAAACUCUAUUCUAACCACCGGAAACUACUCAAUACCCGUCUAUCCCUUCUCAAACCGAAGCUCCGUUCAUGUACUGUUAAGAAGUCAGAGGGGCGUAGCCAUGGCGAAACCGUCCGAUUGGAUGUGGAUGGAUCCGAUCGAUCGCCGGAAAAAUUUCUUGUGAAGAGCUUCUUGGCGGCGGCGGCGGCGGUGCUUGUCUCUACUAGUGGAUGCGACGCGAUGGCUUUGGCAGAAUCCCUAACGGUGGCCGUCCCGGUCUCGAAAGCUCGCGAGGCGAAUAAAACGAGAUAAAGUGAAUACGGUACAGCGGACACUGAUUGAGGUGUGGGGAUUAGUACGGGAGACUUUCAUUGAUCCUACGUUUAAUCAUCAGGAUUGGGAUUCAAAGCUGCAACAAACUAUGGUAGAAAUGUUUCCACUGAAAUCAGCAGAUGUGGCAUAUAGCAAGAUCAGGGGAAUGCUUUGGACACUUGGUGAUCCUUUCACAAAAUUAAUAAGCCCAAAGGAAUUUCAAAGCUUCAGAAUUGGUAGCGAUGGGAACUUGCAAGGAGUUGGCCUUUUCAUAAAUGUUGAGCCUCAUUCUGGACACUUGAUUGUUUUGUCUUGCAUUGAGGGAAGCCCAGCAGCUAGAGCUGGUAUUCAUGAAGGAGAUGAGUUUCUUGAAAUUGAUGGAGAAAGUGUUGCUGGAAUUAAUAGUGAAGCCGCAGCCCAAAAACUACGAGGGCGUAUUGGAACAACAGUAACAGUAAAGCUUCUCAGUGAAAUUGAACAUGGAACCAAAUCUUGCCCUCGAGAGGUGAUAAUACCUCGUGAAGCUAUAAAGCUUUCAGCUUUGUCUACGGCAGUCAUCUCCCACAGAUCAGUUGAUGGCCAUGAAUCAAAAAUUGGAUAUGUGAGAUUAUCAACAUUUUCCCAGACAGCUGCUUCUGAUAUGGAGAAUGCAAUUCAAGAAAUGGAAGACCAGGGUGUCCAAUCAUACAUACUUGAUUUGCGAAAUAAUCCAGGAGGUUUGGUGAAAGCAGGACUCGAUGUUGCACAAAUAUGGUUAGAUGGGGAUGAAACAUUGGUGAACACGAUUGAUCGGGAAGGAAAUACGUUGCCUAUCACCAUGGUCAAUGGUCAUGCUUUAACACAUGACCCACUUGUUGUGAUUGUAAAUGAAGGAAGUGCGAGUGCAAGUGAGAUCUUAGCAGGGGCAUUGCAUGACAAUGGUCGAGCUAUUCUUGUUGGAAAAAAAACAUUUGGCAAAGGAAAAAUCCAGAGUGUGACUGAGCUACAUGAUGGUUCAGCCCUAUUCAUUACAGUUGCCAAAUACUUAUCUCCAGCUCUUCAUGAUAUUGAUAAGGUUGGCAUAAUACCGGAUGUACAAUGUUCUACUGAUAUGUUCGCUGCAUCGAAGGCAUGGACUUCCAGAAUUAAGAGCACAGUAGCAUCUAAUCUUGAGGCAGAUUCUUGCAUCUUGGUAGCUGAGCAUGAAUUGGAGGUCCAAAGAUCAAAGGGCACUGCAUCUUAACUCAAGAGAUCCCUUUAUGUAUGUAUAUGUCAGAAAUAAUGUUCCUUUUGUUGUAUAAUUGAUAUUUUUAGGAAGGAGCCUUAUAAAUAGAUAUGUAUUGAACUUUAAAGUGUAAUGAAAGGCCUUAAUCUUA